AUGAAUUCACAGAGAUGUGCCGCGGUCGUCGUGGGAGCCGGCCCCGCCGGUCUCGCCGUUAUUGGAAAUCUAUUGGAGAAGCAACUAGGGGGGAAGAUCGCCUGGAUUGAUCCAUACUUUCAGGCUGGUCGGGUGAAUCGCAAGUACCGCGAAGUGCCUAGCACCCGUAUCCCUAGUCCAUUCUCAACGAUGGCCAAACUCGAUCAAGAGAAGACCUGCCACCUGCAUCAUGCGGCAGACAUGGUUCGUGCCUUGACAGAGGGCAUCACUAAGAUGGACCAGGUUUAUGCGUGUCGGGGACUUCGUCUUGGACCGUUCGGAUCCAACGUGCGGACCACCUCGACGAAGUUGAGGUCAUUACCCCUAGACUCAUCUUGUGUACGGGAUCGUCGCCGACAGAGGUGCCGAUCCCGGUGUGUGGACAGCACAUCGAGAGGCUGGAUCUAG